GCUGCUCUGGAGGAAGGAGGAGAGACAUGGACGAUAACUUCAGAAACGGAGAUGGUGCGGCGGUGAAACAUGUUGCCAAAUCUGGCCGCAGAGCUCGCCAUGCAGCAGACCAGUCAUCUUUCGAAGAUUCUCGUUACACAAGGAAGUCCUCCACAUCUGCAUCGGCGGCAGAUGAUGAUGAUGAGGGCCCUCCUCCUAAACCGACACGCCGGCAGGGUGGCUGGGCGGAAGAAAGCUCGGGCUCUGGCUCUGCCAAAUCUUCAAGGAGGCCUGCAGCCGAGGACGUGGAAGACCGCCGCCUGCGACCACAAACUCCCCAGGGAUCAGAUGAUGAAGGAGACAUUCCAGUGAUUCCAGACCUGGACGAAGUACAAGAGGAAGAUCUCACUCUGCAAGUCGCCGCCCCCCCGAGCAUCCAGGUGAACCGGGUGAUGACCUACAGAGACCUGGACAACGAUCUGAAGCGCUACUCUGCCUUCCAGACCUUAGAUGGAGAGAUCGACUUGAAGCUCCUCACCAAGGUUCUGGCGCCCGAGCAGGAGGUGAAGGAGGACGAUGUGAGCUGGGACUGGGAUCAUCUGUUUACUGAAGUGUCCUCGGAGCUGCUGAUGGAAUGGGAUCAAGGAGAGAGCGACGAGCCUUCUGUAUCUCCCGUGCCAUGAGGAGGACGAGGAGGUCUGAACCCACACUUUCAGCAGCUCCAGUGGGAACAGCGGCUGGACGUUUAACACACGUUUCUUCGGUUAUAUUAACUUUAAAUACUGUUUGUUAUCCCUAAUUUAUAUUUUAUAAAGUAUAUGUACCAUGUGCAUUGAUUUUUCCAAAUAAAGCUCUGUUCAGUGAGCGCUGCAGUCCUA